AUGAAGCUGGUCAUCGUUGUAGUUCUUGUCGCAGCAUGUGCUGUUAUGGUUUGCGGAGUUCCCUAUGAUACCUACUGCAGCGGCGUCAACGAGGUUUUCUCCACCUGUGGAUCGGCCUGUCCGGCAACCUGUGAUUCGUGGAGACUCGGCGGUUCGCAAUGGUGUGGUCGCUCUUGUAAUAGAGGGUGCUUCUGCCGGUCCGGAUACGUACGAAAUUCCCUAGGUGUUUGCAUCGAACCGGCUCAAUGCACCAGAACAUCAGUUCAAGUUCAGCAAACGGUAGCCAACUCCAUCAACUAUGCUCCGUUCGCCGGUUACGGUGCCGGUUUAUACGGAUACGGAUAUGGAUACGACAAUCUUCUAGGAUGGUAA